UAGACAUCGUACAUAUAUCCUAUACUCCAGACCUACUCUUAUACCCUAAAUCUACUCCGUAAACCUCAUGAUUGCCGCCACAAUACGCGCCAAUACGUGCCGAUACGCAGUGGAGACGGAGUUUAGCCGGCAAAACAUCCGAAAAUACCGCAGAUCCGUAAUCGCCGGUCACCGUCCCGAGCGCUGACCUAAGCACCGCCUUCCACCAAUCAGCGUGGCAGAGUUAGCCAGCUGCCGGAGUUUUCGACUUCUCCGCCGACCUUCGAGUGUCUUCUAUUCUUUCUAUAUAACCGACCCUUCAUCCGCAUCACUCACCCUCCACAACCACCCCUACCAACUCCCAUCUACACCUCAAACCACACCCCUCACAUCCAUCAAAAUGCCUCGUCAACGCCGUGGUGCCGCUCCCGCCUCUACUCCCGCGCGCAGCGCCCCUACCAGACCUACCGCCGCUCCCGCCAGACCGGCCGCUGCUCCGCAAGCCCAGCACUCCCAGCCUCACUCGACCUCUGCUCACCAGCCCGGCGCCCAGCAGCACGCUCCUCCCCCGGCCGCCGCCGCCCCUCCUGUCCAGCAGAGCGCUGGCCCCGGUCUCUUCGGUCAGAUGGCCUCGACCGCUGCCGGUGUCGCAGUUGGAUCCUCGAUCGGCCACGCCAUCGGUGGCUUCUUCGGUGGCGGCUCCAGCGCCCCCGCUGAGCCCCAGCAGGCUGCUGCUCCCCCCGCCGACUCGCAGGCCAUGGACAGCGGUCUGUGGCAGAGCACCGCGGCCAACACCUCGUGGGAGAACUCCCCUUGUGCCACGGACGUGCGCAGCUUCCGUACCUGCAUGGACGAGAACAAGGGUGACUUGACCAUCUGUGGGUGGUACUUGGAUCAGCUGAAAGCUUGCCAGGCCGCCGCCAAGCCCUACUAAAUUCGAACCCUUUACCGAUCAACCGAUACCCGGACAUGAUCUCGGUAUCAGAUCUUAAUGUAUCGUUGUGUGUUUUUAAUCCAUGGGUGAAAAUACAUGGCUUCGGUGCGAGUUCGACUUCCCUGCCUACCUACCUCUACCUGUCUGUCUAGCUAGCUAGUUGAUUGAUUCUUCAACCGACUUCCUGGCUAUGGGUAUCUGGUACAUGGGAAUAGGCAGGUGGCGAACCCGCUACCUUGACGUCUUGGAUUGUGUUUGCAUAGCGGCGUAUUUUUCUCCCUAUACCUACCUACCUACCUACUUACCUUUUUACUUUAUCUUACUGUAUACCACCAUAUCGAAUGAUAUUUACCGACACCGAUCUCCUGCUCAGAGGGACUUUUGAGGAUCGGAAAUAGAAUAAAUGAAAAAAAGAAACUUUCCACUCUUCAACUAUCUUGUCGUUUG